UAUAGGAAUCUUGAAAUUGGACCCAGAAAGUUGAUUCGUAGGAUAUGCAUUUUGAAUGAUUUAUUUAUUUUUUAUUCCCUCAAAAGCAUCUUCUCGGAAACAAGAGUCACAAAAAAUUAUUUGCUCACAUCAUUCCAUUAUAAAACAUUAAGCAGGGUCUGUCCAACAGCUUCACAACCACAGUAUUGAUCAUCAUUCUCAUCAAUAUAAAAAAUGGCAGAGACAAUUAUUUAUAAUACUGUAACUGAACUCCUGAAGAAGUUGGGUUCCAUGGUCAACCAAGAGAUCAAACUAGUGCAAGGUGUAGAGAAUGAAGUUCACAAACUCGAAAAAACGGUUUCCACAAUUAGAGCCGUGCUUCUUGAUGCAGAGGAGCAGAAAGCCACAAAUCAUGAGGUUGAAGAAUGGCUCGAAAAGCUGUACGAUGCAUUUUAUGAUGCUGAUGACUUGCUCGACGACUUCUCCACUGAAGUUUUUCGGCAACAAAAAUGGCUAGAGAAGGUACGCAAUUUCUUCUCAAGCUCAAACCCAUUUGCUUUCAAAAGUAAGAUGGCUCGUGAGAUUAAGGCCAUUAGGGAGAGACUAGAUGCAAUUGCAGAAGAUAAGGAAAAAUUUCACCUCACUAAACGGCCUAUAGAGAAUAUUAAGAGGGAGGAGACUCACUCUUUUGUACAUGCCGAAAGUGUUAUUGGGAGGGAUGCCGAUAAAAAAGAAAUGGUAAAACUGGUAUUAGACAGUAAUGUUGAGGAGAAUGUGUCGGUUGUUGCAAUUGUUGGGAUUGGGGGAUUAGGAAAGACCACACUUGCACAAUUAAUAUUUAAUGAUGAAGAGGUCACUAGGUACUUUGAACUUAAGAUGUGGGUGUGUGUUUCCGAUCCAUUUGAUGUGAAACUCAUUGCACAAAAAAUCAUAGGUUCUGAAGCAAGUAAAGACUUUGAGUUAGAAGAGCUGCAAAGUCUCUUGAGGGGAAAAAUUAAUGGAAAAAAAUAUAUACUUGUGUUAGACGAUGUGUGGAAUGAUAAACGUGACGUGUGGUUAAAAUUGGAAGAACUUUUGAAGGGCGGUUCGAGAGGAAGUAAGAUAUUAUUAACAACCCGUAGUGAUUUAGUUGCAAAUGUUAGUGGGGCACAUUCACCACAUGUUUUAGAAGGCUUGUCUGAGGAGUCGUCAUGGUCUUUGUUUAAGCAAAUAGCAUUCAAAAAUGCGGAAGGGUUGAAGAAUACAUGUCGAGUCAAUAUCGGGGAGGAAAUUGCACGAAAGUGCAAGGGAGUUCCUCUUGCCAUUAGGGCUGUAGGAAGCCUACUGUACUCCAAAGAUACAGACCAUGAAUGGUUGUUUUUCAAAAAUAAUGAUUUGUCAAAAAUAGCUCAAGAAGAGGAUAUUAUUUUGCCUAUUCUAAAGUUAAGUUACGAGCAUCUUCCUUCGCAUUUGAAGGGAUGCUUUGCAUUUUGUUCCUUAUAUGCGAAAGAUGAAGAGAUUGAUAGGAGAGAAUUAAUCCAAUUGUGGAUUGCACAUGGAUUCAUUCCGUCAGGUUAUGAAAAUCAACAAUUAGAGGAUGUAGGUCAUUUGUAUUUUAUGAAUUUACUAAGGAGAUCUCUUUUUCAAGAUGUUAAAAAAGAUAUAUGGGGUGAUAUACAAAGUUGCAAAAUGCAUGAUCUUGUCCACGACGUUGCAGAAUCUGUUGUGAGGCCCAAGAGUUCUGUAGUGAAUUCGAAUGCGAAAAAUAUUAGUGACAGAACUCGUCACUUGUCUUUACAUUUAUCAAAGAAAAUUCCAACCCACUUGUCUAGAGCUCACAAUUUACGAACACUGAGAAUGAAGGAAAGCAGGUUUGGAAUGGUUAUUGAUUCAACAUUUAAAAGGUUACGUGUGUUGGAUAUGCCGAAGGUGUGGGUGCAUGGUAGUAUAAGCAAGAUGAAACAUUUGAGGUUUCUUAGUCUUAGUACUUGUAAUGGAAGGAAGUUGCCAAGUUCUAUAACCAAGUUGAAAAAUUUACAAACCUUAAAACUCUACAUGUGUCUGCGGCUUAAACAAUUGCCAGAAGAGAUUAAAGAAUUGGUUAACCUUAGGCAUCUUGAGCUUGACAUGUGCCCUUACUUGACUGGAAUGCCGUGUGGAUUGGGGCAACUUCCUUCUCUCCAAUUUCUGAGUCUUUGGGAUAUGGUUUCCUUGGAGUACAUGGAGGACAAGAGUAGUAGUGGGAGUGGUAGUGAGGAUUCUCUGUGCUCUUCAUCUUCAUCCAAUGGAGGAGCAGCACCAACACCAACAUUCUUCCCAUCCCUCAAAACACUUCAACUCCGGGGAUUGUAUAAAUUGAAGGGAUGGUGGAGGAGCCAAGCAGAAGAAGAAGCAACAACAACUUUACAGGACCAACAACAACAACAUUUGAAGAAGCUCCCAUCAUUUCCUUCUCUUUCCCAAUUAUGGAUCUAUGAUUGCCCUAAUCUGGCAUCAAUGCCUAUUCUGCAACCAUGUCUUGAACAACUAGUUCUAAAAAAGGUCAGCAAGAAGGUAGUAGAAGAAGAGUUAAAGAUGACAUUGGUGUCCCCAACCCCACCAACAGAUACACUCGCAACCUCUUCUUCAUCUUCUUCUUUGCUUUUUCCUCCUCUUUCCAAUUUAAAGUCUCUGAAAUUAUUGGACAUUCGCGAUCUAGUUACUCUCCCAGAGGAGUCCUUUCUAAGCCUCACUUCACUUGAACGCCUUGAAAUUAAGUACUGCCCCAACUUGAUAUCACUGCCCGAUGGGAUGCGUCAGCUCACUGCGUUACAACAACUCACAAUUGAAUCAUGCACCCAUGGUUUACAUAAUAGAUACCAGAAAGAAACAGGGGAAGAUUGGCCAAAGAUUGCUCACAUCCCACGUGUUAAUAUACGGUGGUGACAUACAUACAAGGACGAAACGUCGGUAGAAGCAGCCGAUUGCAUGGAUACAACAACCAGCGAGCAUGAGCAGCCGCAAAGUAAUUGACCAAGGCUGUAGGGAUGCCCAUUAGCAGUCUAGACAAGAUUAUGUGUAACGGAGAUUCCGGAAAGAAUCAGGGGAAGACUGGCCAAUGAUUGCUCACAUCCCAAAUGUUUCUGUUUCACGAUGGGGCUGACAUACAAGGGAACAUUUUCACAGGACUGGGUGGCCGAGUCAUUGCUUGAAACAAACAAGAUAACACAACUCAUUCUAUGAAUUGCAAUUACCAAAUAGAAGAAACAGGGUGGAAGCAGCCAAAGGGCGAUUAUAAAAACCAUCGAGCAUGAGCAGCCACAAAGCAAUUGGCCAAGGUUGUAGGGAUAAGUGUUAGUAGUCUAAGACAACAUCUCAGAAGAAAGAAUCUUAAGCACUGACUGGAGUUUUGUUCUCUAUCAAGGAUCAAGGUUGCAAGACCUGAUUCAGAUCACCAUCACCAUCACUAUCCCCAUCCUUCCCUUUAUCCCAUAUGAACGGGGUCAGCCAUAGGAUUAUCUUUUUCUGCCUGCAUUAUAUUAAGAGUUAAAACCUAAUUUAUUUCUUCCCGUGUUGCAGGAAGGAAGCAAGAGGGAAUAUAAGUUGUGAGCAUAUGUUUAGUGGUAAAGGAGACAAGCUGUUACUGGGCAAUAACAAACAAGUCAAAGAUAUUAGAUUACAAGUAAGACACUAUACCACUUACCAGUGAACAGAUUGUUUCGAAUUGUGCUUUACAACUAAUUAUUUGGGUUGUCUAGUCGGACCAUGGGUCUUCUCUUGUGGGGAAAUGAUUGAUGAACUUGGCGUCAUCUUUAUGUGCUUAUGUGAGUGCUUUUUGUAGUUCUCAACCAAGACUUGUAAUAUUCAGAGUGGUGGACAUUAUAAGUUUGCUUCAUAGGGACGGGAGGUAAUAUGCUCCUUAACACUUUCCGUGAUAGGUAGUGUGGAGCCCACCAAGACCCCCCCCCAAUUUAUAUUAUCCUAGUGUGAGAGUAUUUAUUCAUUCUGAAUUCUCUAUAUCUGCUAUUAUUUUGAUCAUCAUAGUGAAAUCCUUUCAACCGUUGAACGUAACCCUGAUUCUUUGGGUGAACCAAGUAAAAAUCUGUUUGUAUUUGUUGUGUGUGUUUGAUCUCUUUUCUGCGUUUUCUGUUUAAUUUCGCAACAUUCAGCCCAUCCGACAAAGGCUGGAGAAGUGCAUCCAAACCCAACUAUGGUUAGUCAAGGACUGAAAUACUGUUUUGUGGUUCAAAUCUUCGUAAGUAUGCUCAACAACAUUUCCUUGUUACUUUUAUUCAAAUGGUGCACUUAAACUCUAGAGUUUGCUAAUGGUAACAAUAAUUCUUAAAUUGCCGUCGUUAAUGGUAACAAUAAUGCUAAUGGUGCAUUUUUCCGUCGUUCGACAAUUUUAGUGCUCAUUCACAUGGUCUUCCAUUAGUUAGGUCGUUAGCAUUGGCAUGAUUCAUGUUCCCUUCUUUUGUGCUAAUGCAAUCUGUGGGCAGUUUUUAGACUAAGUUACUUUAUGAUGAAACUCAUUUGAUGAAUAAUGUUCCAUUACAACAACUCAGAAUUAAAUCACCCAAACGUUUAUAUUCAAACAUAACAGUGACAUUCAAGCUAAAUCCAUCAUUUAUGUUAUGUAUUCAUUGAUCACCGUAAAACUCCAUCUUAUUCUUCUCUCUUCUUGUUCAUUUUCGCUCUCUCUCUCUCUCCCCUCUGUUUUUUUUUUUUUUUUUUUUUUUUGAGGUUCAAUUGAUUUACUGUAUUUAUUUUGUGUGGGACAAUUACACAAGACUCGAUGGAUGAAUCAUAGCUAGAAACAGAAAAAGAUUGCACAUGCCAUUCGACGAAUUGCAACUACAAGAAAUGUCGAAUUUUCAGUUUCAGCCUGUGUUCUAGGGUAGCUUGAUCAACACAUCAUUGAAUUAGUUUGCAGUCUUCUUGCUCUUCAUAUUCGAAUUGCUUAACCUCAAAGUUUUACCAAUAUUGCAGUUCAAGGACACGAGGCUGACAACAUCGAUCUUAUGUCUAUCCAACGUUUGGAAAUAUUCUAUUCUGUCCUAAUCUUAUGUACAUUUUAUCGAGAAGGGUUCAGAUAUAUCAGAAUCUAUCCUCCUUCGAAGAACUGAUUCCAAAAGUCCAAUAGAUGGUAGAGAAGUUGGUGCCUGCACUGUUGAGCUUCAGUUAGUGCCUCUUUUCAAUUCGGACCUUUUCUUUCGAUAUCAGAUGGUUCCCAGAUUGUUAAUGUACUGCUUCUGCUGUUUAUUUUGUCUUCUGAGUGCUGCUGUGUAGCUUCUGAGCCUUGUGAGUUUGUUUGGAGCUAGGUACAGUUCUGUUUAUCAAUACAAAUUCAUUACCUUA